AUGGUAUCGUUAGGAAUUGACUUAGGAACGACGUUCAGUGGAGCUGCAUCAAUUGUCAAUGGCAAUGUGGUUCAUAUAUCACACGAAACGGGUCGUGAAUUUUUGGAGAGUAUGGUGAAAUUUAUCGGGGACACGUACGUCGUUGGUGCAUUGGACGGAAACUUGGAGGAUUUCAAUGAGCCUUGUGUGGUGUUCGACAGUAAACGAAUGAUUGGUCGGAAAUUCUCCGACUCUCAAGUACAACGCAUGAUCUCCGAUUGGCCUUUCACAGUGACCUCAGUGGAUGACGAGAUUCAAAUCACCGUCUCCGACGGUACUGGAACCCGCAAUUACACACCUGUGCAAAUUUCCGCUCUAAUAUUGAAACGAUUGAAGGAGAUGGCAGAGAGGCAAUUAGGAGAGCCCGUAGUCAGCACUGUGGUCACAAUUCCCGCACGAUUCGGUAAUGCCCAACGCAAAGCGACCAGAGAUGCGUGCAAGUUAGCCGGCCUGCCCAAAUGUAGUUUGCUUCAAGAGCCAACCGCGGCUGCGAUCGCAUAUAUUGACACAGACAACGUUCCCGUAGGGAAAAUGAUUCUGGUCUAUGAUCUUGGUGGUGGCACGUUUGACGUGUCCAUCGUGGUAAAGACCGAGAACGGUUUCGAGGUGAAGCAUACACUGGGAGAUACGGCGCUUGGCGGUCGGGAUUUCGAUCAACGACUUGUGUCACUUUUGCGUGAAAAAUUUCAACGAAAACAUAGCAAACAAUUACCAAGAGACCCGCACACAAACAACGCGUUGUUAUCACGUUGUGUGAAAGCCAAAAUGCAAUUGUCUCACUUGAUGCGUUCAAAAGUGAUUCUCGGCUCAUUGUCUCUGAGUGAGGAAAUCACUCGUGCAGAGUUUGAAAAUUGUAACAGAGAUCUGUUUGCUCGGACCAUACAGUUAAUCGAUGAUCUAUUCCGGGAGUACAAUCUGACGAAGGAACAAAUCUAUAAAGUAGUGGUUGUUGGAGGUUCUACGCGAAUACCGAAAAUUCACAACCUACUGAGUGAAUACUUCGGCGAGGAACGAAUCACACACCAGAUACAUCCAGAUCGAGCUGUAGUUGAGGGAGCCGCAAAACAUGCGGAAAAUUUGACAAGACCACGUGAAGAACAAUUAUCUCGCCUGAUUGUCAAAGAUAUCAAUCCGUUGGAUUUGGGUGUGGAAUCCGCAGAUGGACGGAUGGUGCCCAUUAUUGGACGUGAAACGACCGUUCCUGCUGAAGGAUUGCAUUACGCAACCACUGUUUCCAACAAUCAGACAGAUAUGCAAAUCAAAGUGUACGAAGGAAACGAUCCGAUCGCGCGUAACAAUUUGCUCGUCGGCAAAUUCACUCUAUCCAAUCUGCCCGCACUUCCAGCCAGAAAAGUCCUCGUGUGUAUCACGUUCCGGUACACGGAGGAAUCGAUUGUUGAAGUGAUUGCCGAUUGUGUGUCGAACGGAGUCAGCCGGGUAGUAAAAAUCGAUUUACCGUCUGAACGACGCCGAGUGGCUGAACGGGACCGGCAACAAGCGGAUCUAAAUCGACUCCAGUACGGAAAUGUUCCACAUCGCGAGCGGGAUCCGACAAUUGAAGAACUUGAGACAGAAGUGCAUCGCAAUAUGCAUGAUCCAACAGCUUCAGAUUUGCUAAAACAUGUUUGUCAGAGCAUACUUCAAUGGAUCCGAACAUCAAACACGUUUACUGUGGCUGAUAUUUACGACAAACUGAAUCGGAUUGAGGCAGCAAAACUGCCACCCAUUCUUUUGCCGGCCUAA